AUGUCUGACGAGGAAGCUAAACUUCAGUCAGUCAGAUCCAAUAUCCAUGUGGACGACUUACGAAUUCAAUCAAUUUUGUCAAACAAGGGUGUUACUAUCAAUGUAGAUCAUGAAGUUGACAGCGAUGAAGCCAUGAUUUUGGCUCUUGGUUACAAACAAGAAUUUAAAAGAGAGUUUAACUUGUGGACUGUGUUUGCAGUAUCAUUUAGUGUUUUAGGAUUGUUACCAUCUAUUGCUGCUUGUGUUGAUUAUCAGCAAUUAGUAGUUGGUGCUAGUCCCGUGCCUUGGAUUUUGGCUGUUUUGUUUAUAAUAUCAGUUGCUUUAUCUAUGGCCGAAGUGGCAUCGGCUUUCCCAACUAGUGCUGGUACUCCAUACGCUGUCAGUCAAUUGGCUCCCAAACGUAUUGCCCCUGUGAUGACUUGGUUAACUUGUUGGUCUAACUGGUUAUGCCAAAUUACUGGUACACCAUCAGUGAAUUAUUCAGGAGCAAGUUUGAUCUUUGCCUUGGUUACUUACAACAAGCCAAGCUUUCAGCCAACAACGGGACAAGCUUACGCCUUAACUUUGGGUAUUCAGUUCUCACAUGGGAUUUUGGCUUCUUUACCCACUAGAUGGGCUGCUAGAAUCAACUCUGUGGGAACCAUUGCUAAUGUGUUGUUUUUAGCCAUUGUUUUUGUGAUGAUUUUGGCCGGCAAUAAACGUCAAGAAAUCUUUGCUGAUGAUCCCACUUUCGGUAACAUUUCCAAAUUCAACAACAAUAGUGAUGCUUGGGGGUUAUAUAACCAGACCGAAUUCCCAACUGGUAUGGCUAUGUUAAUGUCAUUUUUAGGGGUUAUUUGGGCCAUGAGUGGUUACGAUUCUCCUUUCCAUUUAUCUGAAGAAUGUUCGAAUGCCGCCGAAGCGGUUCCAAAGGCCAUUGUUAUGACUGCAGUUGGAGGUGGUUUGAUUGGUUUAUUGUUUAUGUUUGCCAUGGCUUACACUGUUGUUAGUCUUGAUCAAAUUGCUGAGGAUCCUUUGGGUUUAGGUCAAAGUUUUGUAACGUAUUUGUCCCAAAUAUUACAAAAGAAGGCCAUCAAUGCUGCUGUAUCCAUGACAAUCAUUGCUUCAUACUUCAUGGGUGAAUCCUGUCUAUUGGCAGCUUCGAGAGUGACUUUCUCAUACUCUAGAGAUGGGAUGUUUCCUUUCUUUUCCAAACUCGGAGCUACGGUCAAUCCUCACACCCAAACUCCUGUCUAUGCUGUUUGGAUAAACUUCAUCAUUGGACAAUUAUUAUUGUUAUUGAUGUUUGCUAAUGACACUGCUAUUGGGGCUAUUUUCUCAGUGGGUGGUAUUUCUGGGUUCGUUUCUUUUAUUACCCCGGUGGUAUUCAAAGUUACCAACGCUUACAGCACAUUCAAAAGAGGUCCUUUCCAUUUAGGUAAAUGGUCUAGACCAAUAGGAUUUGUUAGUAUUGCUUUUGUUGCUGUUAUGAUUCCAGUAUUGUGUUUUCCAUACGUCAAAGGAGACGAUUUGACUUUGGAUGAAAUGAAUUGGACAGUAGUGGUGUACUUUGGUCCAAUGCUUAUGGCUUGGGUUUACUAUAUGGUGGCUGCUCACAAGUGGUACAAGGGUCCAAAAUCGAACUUAGAUGAAGGUACUCUUGUGUACGAAGAUGUCGAUGGCAUCCCUGAUGAGAAAAACUAUGCCAAAGAGGACGUCUCUAGUACCAAGGCCAGUGAUUAA